AUGGAGAAGUUUUUCCAGAGCUUACUGCUUCUCGCUGUUCUUUCCUUCUCGGCUGUCUCGGCGAGCAGCUCUUGGACACCUUGUGAUCAUCGCCCUCGUGAGAUCACUCUCCAAGACGUGAAAGUUGUCCCAGAUCCUGCGAUUACUGGCGAAGACGUCGAGUUCCAAGUGACUGGUUCAUCAAGUGCUAGAUUGGCGUCGGGAAAGCUUGCGAUCACAGUCUACUUCCAUGGAAUCUUUGUGCACAGGGAAAUCUACGAUCUGUGCCAGAAAACAAGCUGUCCAGUGGAAGCAGGAAACUUUGUGCUCAAGAGCUCCCAAAACUUGCCAUCGGUCACGCCAUCGGGAGCGUAUCGAUUGAAGCUCGAGAUGUUAGACCCCAAGAACAAACUCCUCGCUUGCGCGAUGGUCAAUUUCGAUAUUGUAAGACCAAAUCCACUCGCCGAUCAAUGAGAAAGGAUUUAAUUCUAGCC